AUGGCUGACAUUGAGACAAUUGGAUGGGUGGUGCACGAGGCGAAGCAGGACUUUAAGCUGGAAGAGCUGGUUGUCGAAGCCCCUCGAGACGAUGAGCUUCUAAUCGACAUGAAGUUCUCCGGCAUCUGCCAUACCGAUUUGGUCUUUCAACAGGGAGAACUGACACUUUGCCCGUAUCCUGCUGUCUUUGGCCACGAAGGCGCAGGAUUCAUUCGAUCCAUCGGCCCCAAGGUGAAGAACAAGGAUCUUAAGGUCGGCGACUUUGUCCUGCUAUCAAUCAACUACUGCGAGCAAUGCAAAUUCUGCAAAACCAAGCAUCCGGCAAACUGUAUUCACGGCAGCAAGCUGCAUCUCUUUGGCACUCGUCCAGACGGCUCAUGCUCCGCCAAAUUGAAGAGGACUGGCGAGAGCGUCCGAUCUUACUUUUUCGGUCAAUCGAGUUUCAUGAAGACCAAUUGCGUGGCCGAGACUUGCGUGGUCAAGUAUGAGGGCUCACCGGAUGAUGCAGCCAUGUGCGCAGCUAUGGGUUGUGGUUAUCAGACUGGCGCCGGAACGGUGAUGAACGUCUUGAAGCCGACGUCUGACGACUCCGUCGUGGUAUUUGGCUUGGGAACCGUCGGCUUAACCGCAAUCAUGGGGGCGAAAUACUGCGGUGCUAAGCAGAUCAUUGCCGUCGACAUCCAGGCGUCCAAAUUGCCCCUCGCGAAGGAAGUCGGGGCAACGCACCUCGUCAACUCACGCGAAGUCCCCGAUAUUGUCGCCCAUAUCAAGGAAUUGACGGGCGGUACUGGUGUUGACUUUGCAGUCGACUGCAGUGGAGUCAUCCCGGUCAUUGAGAAGAUGAUUGAUUGCUUGGCCAUGUUUGGAACUGCCGCGACCGUUGGCGUGCCACCGUCUGGAGCCAAAGUAGCCGUGGACCCUCUACAAAUGCUUCUUUACAGCAGGAAAUACGUUGGUGUCAGAGAAGGCGAUUCCGACCCGCCAGUGUUCAUUCCCAAGCUGGUGGAGAUGCAGAAGCAGGGCCAAUUCCCCGUGGAGAAGAUCAUCAAGGUUUACGAUUACAAGGAUAUGGCCCAGGCGCUGCAUGACUUGCACGCGGGUAGUGUGGUCAAGCCGGUUAUUCAAUGGUUCUAG